UUUCAGAAUUCUCCACUUUACCAGUACUUACAGGAUCUGGGACAUACAGACUUUGAAAUAUGUUCUUCUCUGUCACCAAAACUGGAAAAAGGCACAGUGACAGAGGGACAACAAAAGCCUCCUGCCAGAGCCCUGCCAAAAUACCCGGGAUAUAGUAACCACUCAAUGAAUGUAAACACCAUUUACUAGCAUGGAAAUGGGCUAUUAACAUUAAGCAAGGCAUCCUGUUAAAAGUGGCUGAAACCAUCAAAAGUUGGAUUUUCUAUCAGUAUAAUAAGAAAGAUGACUUACUUCACAAGCUGGUAUGUUGAGAAGGUCAAUGAAGUAUCUUGUCAUCUACGUAGAAUAUCAUCUCUAUCCAGGUGGAGCCAUCCUCAUUCUUCAGUGAUACUAGGACUGUGGUAAGGAUAUUGGAUUCCGACUUGACUCACUACAUACCAUCCUGCAACAGGAAGUCCUGUUACAAGAGGAUGUGGAGCUGAUUGAGCUACUUGAUCCCAGUAUCCUGUCUGCAGGGCAACCUCAACAACAGGAAAAUGGACACCUUCCAACACUUUGCUCCCUGGCAACCCCUAAUAUUUGGGAUGUCUCAGUGCUGUUUGCCUUCAUUAGUUUGCUCAUUAUGCUUCCCACUUCGUGGAUUGCAUCUUCCUGGCUGGUAUGGGGAGUGAUUCUGUUUAUUUUUCUGAUCGUAAGAGCACUGAGAUUAUGGAGGACAGCCAAACUACAAGUAACUCUAAAAAAACACAAUGUCCAUUUAGAAGAUACAGCAACAAAUAGCCGAGCUUUUACCAACCUUGUAAGAAAAGCUUUACGUCUCAUUCAAGAAACUGAAGUCAUUUCCAGAGGAUUUACACUUUUGCUUGACAGGGUCAGUGCUGCUUGCCCAUUUAAUAAAGCUGGACAGCAUCCCAGUCAGCAUCUCAUCGGUCUUCGGAAAGCUGUCUACAGAACUGUAAGAGCCAACUUUCAAGCAGCAAGGCUAGCUACCCUAUAUAUGCUGAAAAACUACCCCCUGAACUCUGAGAGUGACAAUGUAACCAACUACAUCUGUGUGGUGCCUUUUAAGGAGCUGGGCCUGGGACUUAGUGAAGAGCAGAUUUCAGAAGAGGAAGCACAUAACCUCACAGAUGGCUUCAGCCUCCCUGCUUUGAAGGUUUUGUUUCAACUCUGGGUGGCACAGAGUUCAGAGUUCUUCAGACGGUUAGCCCUAUUACUUUCUACAGCUAAUUCACCUCCUGGGCCCUUACUGACUCCAGCACUUUUGCCUCAUCGUAUUUUAUCUGAUGUGACUCAAGGUCUACCUCAUGCUCAUUCUGCCUGCUUGGAAGAGCUUAAGCGCAGCUAUGAGUUUUAUCGGUACUUUGAAACUCAGCACCAGUCAGUACCCCAGCGUUUAUCGAAAACUCAGCAGAAGUCAAGAGAACUGAAUAAUGUUCACACAGCAGUACGCAGCUUACAGCUCCAUCUGAAAGCGUUACUGAAUGAGGUAAUAAUUCUUGAAGAUGAACUUGAAAAGCUUGUUUGUACUAAAGAAACACAGGAACUAGUAUCAGAAUCUUAUCAACUCCUAGAACAGAAGUUAAAGCUGAUUCAGCCCCAUGUUCAGGCAAGCAACAGUUGCUGGGAAGAGGCCAUUUCUCAAGUGGAUCGACUGCUCCGAAGAAACACAGAUAGAAAAGGCAAGCCUGAGAUCGUAUGUGAAAAUCCGCGUUGUACUGUGGUACCUUUGAUGCAGCCUACUCUACACAUUGCUGACAAAGAUCCAAUCCCUGAGGAGCAGGAAUUAGAAGCUUAUGUAGAUGAUAUAGAUAUGGACAGUGAUUUCAGAAAGGAUGAUUUUUAUUACUUGUCUCAAGAAGACAGAGAGAGACAGAAGCGUGAGCAUGAAGAAUCCAAGAGGGUACUCCAAGAACUAAAAUCUGUGCUGGGAUUUAAAGCAUCAGAGGCCGAAAGGCAGAAAUGGAAGCAACUUCUAUUUAGUGAUCACGCUGUGUUGAAAUCCUUGUCUCCUGUAGACCCAGUGGAACCCAUAAGUAAUUCAGAACCAUCAGUGGAUUCAGAUAUGGGGACAGUUGGUAAAAAUGAUACUGAAGAGGAAAAUAGUAAACCCUCCACAGCUGACAAUGAAAUAAGUAGUAGGACUGAGUAUUUAUCUGAAAACCCUCUAGAUGGUAAAAAUAAAGACAAUUCUGCAAAUGAAGUCUUCCUCCAAGGAGCUGAAGAAAGAGUGUGUUACCAAUGUGAGAGUGAAGAGGAAUGUCAGCAGGCAGAUGUAGAUAGCCUGUCCACUGCCCUUCCAGCUCCCAGGGACUUAUUACAGCCCUCCAUUAAGCAGAGGCUGGCCCGGCUCCAGCUGUCACCGGAUUUUACCUUCACCGCUGGUCUUGCUGCAGAAGUGGCUGCUAGAUCUCUCUCCUUUACCACCAUGCAGGAACAGACUUUUGGUGAUGAGGAGGAAGAACAAAUAAUACAAGAAAAUAAAAAUGAGGUAGAAGAGAAGUAAGAACCAAGAUUUACAUGAAGGGUUUUAAAUUGUUGCUUUUAUGCAGGUGUUUUAGCUUCAACACUAGAUAGGUGAUCCACUGGAAAGGGAAAACGAGUGUUAAGUUUACUAUAUAUAAAGCUGAGAUGUGAAUUUACAGCAAGAACCCUGGUUUGAACAACUGCUCUGAAAAUAGUAGCUAACCUGUAAAUGGCAAAUUUUUAGGAAAGUCAGAGAAAGGUAAGGGCUCUUUCAAAUAAACUGCUGUUCUACUUGCAGUACAACUGAUCGAUCUUGGGAAUUCUUUAGGUACUUUUAAUAAGAAACAAAUUUAUCAUUUCUUGCCAGAAUUUGCUAAAAUGACUGGGAUAAUUCUGUUGCAAGAACAUUAACAUUUAGUAUGACUCCUUUUUACUGUAUUCUCGCAGUUAAUAACUGCAGCUAUUAUGUUAAUAACAACUUGUUUGUAUUUUAUUUUUGUUUAUACCAGUCUUAAAGAUACAGGUUCUGAAUAAAAAAAAAAUUGAAUUCAUACAAUUAAUGUGUACUGGGGUUUGGAACUCAAAAGUAGUGUCAAAAGUACUGGGAUUGUGAAAUGUUUCUUACGUUUCCUUGUUCAUACCUGUAUUUGGUAGUUAAUUUUAAGAUGUCCUAAUAAUCAUGAAAAGAAAAACAUUGUACUGUUUUAAAAAUUAGCCUUUCAGUUAUUUUUUGUGUUUAUCUUCUGUUCGUGUUAUAACUAAUAGGGAAUGAUGUCAGAGUGGGAUCUCUUUGGUUCAAGGCCCCAUUCUCAACUUUGCAGCAAGUUCUUUGUGUAGGUUUGCCUGUAGAUCACUGGGUGCCACUAACAUAAGCCAGUCACUUGAGCUGCUGAGGCUAUACCCUCUCCACUUUAUUGAGAUUCUGGAAACAUUCUGUCUGCUUCCUGGAAAGCAUCCUUGUCUCCUUAAUACUUCAUUAACAAACUACCUCGUAAAAGAGGUUGCUUUCCAAAUUGUCCAGUGUUAAAUGAUUGCAUUUUCAAAAUGUGACAUUUUCAGGAGUAUAUUGUUUCUUGAAACCUAUAGCCCUUACGCACUGACAUAGUUUAUAGACAUUACUUGGGAAGAGUAUAGGAGUAGUAAUUUUUGCUGCUGUCCUACCAAGGAGAUUACACAAUGAAUAUAGAUUGUCUUCAGAGUUAAACAUUUAGAUUCCUGUAAACUUAGCCCUUUGACUUAGUAGAGUUAUGUAUACUGAGGAGAUUUUUAUUUAAUUUUUUCAGUAAUCUUGGGAAAUUUAUUUUUUAACCUGAGGAAAAACUUGGUUCUGCUUUAUAUGAAUAGUAGAGACCCUCUGAACACUAAGUAAUUCUGCCUAUUGCCAAAAAUUCUAGGACUUAUCCAUAAUUAAGCUCUUAGGAUUAUCUUAGGGUGGGCCCAGUUUCUCACUUAGCAAUGGUUAGCUAAAUUUCAAGAAAAAAACAAAUCUUGUUUUGAGCCUGACGAUUAUAUUCGUAAAUAAUAUUUUCCUUAUAAAUUACUUAGUUUGCCAACUCUUCUUCUCCUUGGACUUAGAGGAGGCAAUUAUGGAAAAACUUGGUAAUCUUUUUCUUAAUCUGUGAACUUAACACAGAAAGAACUAGAGUUUAAUAACUUUUAAUUCUUUUAUUGUAUUAUUUUUAUUAUAGCAGUUUGGGAAAAUAUCUUCAUAAUAUUUUAUCAGUUUUAUUCAGUGCUGGGGUGAUACUUUUUAAUUUUAAAAGACUGAUUUUAAUCAGGAAUUCCUAAUCUUCCAGUCUGUGAUCUGUUUUAUUUACUAGUUGUUAACUUAAUUCUAUGAAAAUUCUACUUGUUGAAACCAUGAUAUAAGGAUCUUGGGACUUUAAAUGAAGUACCUUUUUUUGUGUAGUUUUCAAAAUUUCUUUCAUCAUUUAAAUGGUUUCUAAGAUAAAAUAUUACCUUCCCUGUGAAUAUUCCUAGUUUUCUCUUAUAAUAGUCUAAAAGUCAGUGUUUCUCAGGUUUUUGGUUUUUUUUGUUUUGUUUUGUUUUGUUUUUUGGGUUUUUACGGGGCACCUACCUUAGAAUAAAUUAGAGGUCUUGUUUUUAUAUUGCAGAUUUGGGGCCAUAUUCCCAAUCCAUUCUUAGUUGGUCAUUUUGGAAUGAGACCUAGGUGAUGCUUAUGUGCAGUAAAAAUCUAAGAAUCUCUGUCUACGACUUUGUUUUCCUUGCCAUGAAUACCUUAGGAAAUAAAAACAAAUAGGCCAAUGUAAUUUUAAGUAGGUAUUCUUGUUUGUUACUUUUAUAAGAAUAUUUCACUUUCUAUUAUCAGGCUUUUGACUAGUUUUAAUUGUUGCCAUCCUCCUUCCAAAAGAAGCUCUCUGGGAAAAAUAUUUUGGGAUGCAACGCUUGUAAUUGUGCUUUCCAAAUUUUACAGUGAUAUUUUGACAGGAUAAUUCUUGUUAGGAGUAAUAUCCUAAUAGCUUUUAACAUGAACAUUUCCAUAGUUUAUUUUACCAGGAUAAACCUAGUACUUAAUGUAAGAAUCCAUGAAAGAAGCUAUUUGGGGCUCUCUUGAAGACAAUAUUUUUACUCUUUGCCUGAAGUAAGGAAAAUCAUGGUAGUAAAUGAUUUGGUAACAGUUAUCACACCUAAAAUUCUUAUUUUUUUUUCAGCUUUCAUUAAAACCCUGCAUAUCUGGCAUACCUUGGGCCAGUCUUUUGUUGGUGUUUGAUUUGUGAUCUUCUGCUUAUAUUUUCAGUUGUCUGUAUCAUCUGACUUCACAAGUUAAGUCUUCUUUAAAAUUGUACUUCAUUAAAAUUGUAUGUUUGAAUAUAUUUAAUUAAGAACUGAUGUACUGACUCAGGUUUGAUUUCUCAAGUUAUUGGAGACAAGUCAGGAGAAACACAUUUAAGGCAAAUUUCUAAGAAAAUUUAAGAAUAUGGGUUUAAGUUUUUCAUACAAAAGGAAUGCCUUGAGUUUAAAUCUGAGAUCCAUCGUUUAAAAGCUAUGGGUAGAGUUGACCUAAUAAUGUCAUGGGGUGUUUUUCCAGAAAAUACCACAUUCCUUGGAUUGCUAAGUGAUGUUGGUAAAUUCUGACUUCUCAGCAGUAGUUAAAAAGAAGUGAAACUUUUUUUUUUUUUAAGAUUUUUAUUUAUUUAUUUGACAGAGAGAGAAAUUGCACAAGCAGGGGAAACAACAGAGGGAGAGGGAGAAGCAGGCCCUCCGCUGAGCUGGGAGCCCGAUGCAGCACUUGAUCCCAGGACCCUGGGUCAUGACACGAGCCCAAGGCAGCCACUUAAACAACCAAGCCACCCAGGCACCCCAAGAAGUGAAACUUUUGAGUCUGAAAAAUACAAGAUCUGGUUAUGUUAGUAAAAUAGGUCAAAAAUUUUAAAAAAUUUCUCUAAAAAAAUAAAUAGUAAUAUUCUGAUUCACAUAAUAAAGGGGGAGAAUUUAUUCACAUAAAAUUCUGUUUAUGUUAAAGCAUAAACAGAAUAAAGUUCUGAUACAUGUCACAAAGUUUUAAGUCCAUGGGAUAUCAAUUAGAAGGGACCCUGGAGUCAUUUCACUCUGGUGACCAACUUUUAUUUAUAUACUAUAAGUAAUAUAAAAUGUGAAAUAUUUUGAUAAAUUAUUAGAAAUCAUGUGGGGGAGAAAAGUUCAACUGAUUUAGUUUAAUCCUAAUACAUUGUUUCCAUAUCAAAACAAAACAAUGAAACAAGAACUAAAUGCCUUAAGACUGUACAAUAGCUCAGCUGAGUCAUUAUUUGAACUUAAGUAGAUAGCCUGCCAUGAAUGAAAACCAGGCAAAACUAAGGUUGGUUUAUUCUUCCACUUAUGUGGAUAAGAACAUGUCUGUGUAAUUCACACUUACACGAGAAAAUGAAAGCUACAAAGCUUUAUAAAUUGGAAGAGAAAAUAUGGAAAAAAUGCCCCAAAUACAGUAACAAUUUACCUGGCACCACUGACAGGUAACUAAUGUGCAUGAGUUAAUUCUUCAUGUAGGUGAGGCAAAUUCAUUUAUUCAUAACAAUUUUUUAAAUAGUUGAAUGGGAAAACUUAUGGAAUGUACCUUCCGUACUUUUUUCUAGAAUAUUAAGGAUCUAAUAACCUUUUCUUUGUCAUCUUUAAGAAUAUUAGUUCCUAUCAUGGGGUGGUAAACAGAAAUGCACCCUUAGGGACUGCUAAGAUGGAUGAGGUUAUGUGUCCUCCUGCUCUGUGACCCUGCAAUGCUGUGCUUUUUGAGCUAUGUCUCAUGUUCACGGUUUCUCUAUCUUUCCUUAAAAUCAGCUGUCACUUUUUGCUGCUGUCUUGGGUGCCUGCCUCUUGCACUAGGCCCCUGAUUUGCUGCUUCUAGUCUGCUGUGGCCUGAGAAACCGGAUUUCCAAGCUUGCUAGAAUUGUGUCUAAAAUAAGAGUAAGUAGACUGAAAGAAGGCUAAGGGGCUUUUUCUGUCAGUUAAGUGCAUGGACUUUGUGGGACCUGUUUGGCUGCUUAGCAUACUUCUGUUUGCCUCUUCCUUCUUUACUAAAAACUUGCUAAAAAUACUUGGUUGAAUAUGUGAUUGCCAUAUAUUUAAGGUAUUAAUCCAGUUUUUAUACGUUAAUGUUCCUAGGACUCUCCAUUAAUGAAUUCAGCUGUAAAAGAAAAUUCAGCUACCAUCUUUGUACAAAUCAUUGUGUAUAUUUUAGGAAAAUGUUAAAUGUUUUGUUCUUGUUGAUUGUUCCUAGUAUAGGACAUAGACUGAAAACUUAGAGCAUUAUAAAUGUGACUCCAGCUCUGUUCACCAAGAUUUUAUGUUCUAGAACUAUAAGUUUGAGACUAAACAUGCAUGGCUAAUUUGGUAAAAACUGGCUAACUGAAUAUUUGGAGAAUGAUUCAUUCUGGAUAUCCACGUUUUCUAUAGAGCUUAAACCCCUUUAAGCAUUAAAAAUUUUUGGAAUAAUUUCUGAAGGUAAUCCCUUUUAAAACAGUAUGCAUUGCUGUGUUAUUAAACAAUAUAUGAAAAUCAUUUUAAUCUUUUUUGAUGUCAGAAUGAUCAUUAUUAACAAGUUAUCAUAGCUAUGUGCCCUUUUCCUAAGUGGUUGCAUUCUGCUGUGCUUUUUUCAUUUUCUUGUCUUUGUUUUCUGUUAGUAGUUCUGAUUCCUCCAAUUCCUGCAGUUACUGCUUGCUUAAGUGUACCCAUAGCAAUGGCCUUUCUCCACCUUCGUAAUGCUCCUUCUAGUCUGCUUUAGUUUCGGAAACCAGGUAACUAAAACAGCUACAGUAAUGUAUAAAGUAAGAAUAAACUGACUUGGUGAAGACUAGAAAACUGGAUUAUACUUAAACACAUGGAUUUUGUGGCUAUCUAUUACUCACUACCUAUUUCAUUAUCUUUAAAAGAAAUGAAGUUACUCAGUUCAGUACCUGCUCUCAAAAUAGAAGAGCUGUUAUUAUACAAAGGGAAUCAUUUUGUUUCUAUACUUUACCUUCUCUAUAUUCUAUCCUUCAAUUUUUUUUUUUGGCUCUGAUUAAAACCAGUCCACUCAAAUUAGCAUUUUCUGCAGUACUCUCUAAAUGAAUUGGAUACCACAUGCUGCUAAGAAUGUCCUUGGCUAGUUUGGUUUUGUUUUUAUAGAGAUGCAUCUUCAUUUCUGAAACAUGAAGUAGGUUAAGUCCUGGGAAAUAUCAAAAUGAUCAUUAUUUUUAUCUCAGAGAGCUGAGAAGUAAUAAGGUUUUUAGACUCUAGGCAGUUUUACCCCCCAAAGAAUUUAUUCUUAAUGCAGGAUUUUAAGACUGUGUCUUUGUUUUCUCUCAAUGAAAUGUAUGUUAAAAGCUUGCCAAAAGUUAUCAGUGUUAGAUCUAAUGAUAUAGGCAGGUAUUUGAAUGACUAAAUUCCCAGUGUCAUUCUAUAUUUGGCAUGUUUAAAUUAUCAUUUAAUAUGUUAAGUACGCAUGAUGAUUUUUCUCUCGAAUUAAAAAUAAACAUGAAAUGUGCAUGUUAUAAUGCUUGCAAGUUUAAAAUUCAAAUCUGUCUAGAAAAGGAUAGCCUGCCUUUGAAUAACUUAGUUUUACCAAGAGGCUGAUUAUGUCGUAGUCCAUCCAUUGCUUCAUCCAUCCAUCAUAUACAAGGUAAUUGGAAAAUCAGUCUGUGGCCAUGACUCAUCACCUAAAUUAUCCAUAUCCUACUGGAAGGGAAUUAUGAUAUAAUUCUCAUUUAAAAAUAGAUGACCCAAACCCGUGUCCUGAGACCCACUACAGAGUAGCCGUGAUGCUAAACCCUGGUUGGUGGUACAAGGAGAAAAAUUCUCCUUGACUGUAGUUGUGAGAGGAAAGUGAUUCUACUUAGUGUAAUUACUAGAAGUCAAAAAGAGGAUAAAAUGAUUCCAGGAUUCAUAAAUACAAAAGCAUAGCAUGAAGGAGUUGAUUUUAUGAAUAAGGAAUUGAUUUUAUGGAAAUCCUAAAAUGUGUGAUAAAUUAAAAUGCAUAUGCUAUUUUUAAAAAUGCUAUACAUUUUAACGUGUCAGCAAUUGAGUUACUUUGUUUCAUCGCGAUUUACUGAAUUUCAUUUGGCACGUGGGAAACAUGUUAUUGAAAUAGGACAGUCAGUUGUGUAUACUUCUGACACACUUUUUCAAAAUGAAUAUAUUCUCUCAGUCAUUGUAGAAAUACAUAUUUCCCCUCAUAUUUGUAUCUUAAGAGUUUCUCAAUAUAAGGGAUAAUUCUACUGUUUUAAACUUUACAUUUUUUACUUUUAUAGCAUUUCCUAAAGGUUGGCUGCCUACAAAUGAGUUUAUUUCAUCUUUGAACAUCUUUUCUAAAACUAAAGCAUGUCUUUUUAUAAGUUUAUUUUUGAUGCUAUCCUGAGAAAUUAGAUAUAUUUUUUCCUCUCCCAAGUAAAUUUAAGAUUAAUUCCAUUUUUAAAGUCAAAGUAUUUUCUGCACAGUACUAGCACCUGGCAACGUACAGAAAACUCCAGGAAUGCCACUCCCAUUCCUGAAAGAUUGCUAUAUGGUCCUGGUACAGCCCUGGAGGUCCAUAUGGGUGAAAACCCCAGAAGUCACCUGAGCUGAAAGAACUCCCAAGGAGUUUGGUUUUGUUUGGGUUUGUUCUAGGUAUGGUCCCAGGGAUCCCAGAUCAAACCAGGCCCCUGGGCCUAUCCUAGAACCAACCUAAACUCGCGCAUCAUUCCUGGAACAUCAAGUGUUUGAAGACUGAAGAGAAUCUGAGGCUGACUAGACAUCCUACGUUCACCAAAACUCAUUUUUCUUUGUAUGUGUGUGACAGUUUGCAAAAAUUGGUUGGUUAAUCCUUCUCCAAUUAAAGGAAUAAUGAUGGAUAGCAAGAUAAAGUCUAUCAGACUUUGACAUUAUAGUAAUUAAUCAUAGUAGCAAUGUGAUAUGAAAUAUGGUUAUUACUAAUGGCUGGUGGGAGAGCUGUUCUUAUCAGAUCUCUAUCGCUAUUUUAUGGUUAAACAAUUUAGCCACGAAGAAAAAAGUUUCUCCCCCAAAUUAAUGGUUUCUGUUUUGUUUUUUUCACUUUCUACUCAACAAUAUGAUAACAGUCUCAUUCAAUUGUGCAGUUUCUGAAAGGCAUUUGGUCUUUGCCCUGUAACUCCAAUGCCAAUUAAUUUUAAGUUUUUGAUUCUGGAGGCCAAUGUCUUUUUAAUCUUAUUGAAUCCACCAUAUCACUUGGAGCUUGGUUUUUAGGUUUAAGUCUGGGAAGAACCUUAGUCUGAUUUGUAGAUACCAAGUCGCUUGUCAGAUUCAUUGUAAGCUGUGAUUCAGAAUCUGCUAUGGUUGAUGGAAACAAGCUAGGAUGAUAGAGUGGAAAUGGAUUAAUACCUCAGAGAUUGCCAACGUAUUCUGCAGAAUAAGAUUUUUAGUAAGUUUCUUUAUUUUUGUACCCUGCUGCUCUGGAUUUUUAAAAGAUUGUGACCUACUUGAUUCAUCACAUGGUCUCACAUCAGAACUGUGACAUUACUAUACUUAAUUUGAGGACAGGAUUUCUGAAAAGGCAUGAAAAGCCCCCAAAUCCAAAGGUUAUGAUACACAGUGGAAAUGUAUACUUUUGGUAAUACUGACAUUUCAAUAGGUUUAGACUAUGAUUGAAAUAACUGCAGAUAAAUCAGGGACUCCCAACUAUGAAAAGAGCUCCAAACUGUGCUGUUCCUCUAAGCCUUGUCACCAGAAAAAUUGGAUCAAUGAGUUAUCCUUUAAAAUAGCACUGUGAGCUUGAGGCUCGUUCUGAAGAAUUCAACCCUGGGAUUAGUUCUGUACCAUAUUCAUCACAUAGAUGCUUCAUCCUGUGGGUUCUAUUAUUUUUGCCUUUUUAAAUCGUAUUGUGUUUACCCUUCUCAGUGUUUUCCUGUUUGCACAAUGUUUCCUGUUUACAUAAAUCAAAACACUACACAUGUUAGUAUAUGUAUAUAUUGAUAAAAUAGUAGACCUUGGAUCUGAAGCUCUUUGGAUUUUGAUGCCUUUUAAUGUCACAUGAUUUAAAUGCAUUUACUGUCCUAUAAAUUCACUCUUAAUUUAUACUUCAUUUCUUUGGAUUUGUUUUUUCUAAUGAACUAUAUUAGAAUUUAAAUAGUGUCUUUAUAUUAGUGUCUUCCAAAAUUUAUGGCAUUUUGCAUUCAGCCUGAAAUGUGUCAAUCCAUCUUAUGUUUAUGUACAGUAAGUGUUCUCAGUAUUGGGGGGGAGGGCGUGUGCAUUCUCUUUUAACAUUGUAUGAACACUGAAAACAGGAAUGUGUGAACUAUCUUAACAGGGUUCAGGCUUGUUUACAUAGUAAAUUUCUGUAGUCAGUCUUCCUUCUUCAUUUAACACUGGAGUGUUAAGCUCUAUUUUUUAAAAAAUAUCAUUUAAGAAUAUUCUUUCAGUGAUAUUUUAAUUUUUACUUUCUGACUACUUAUAUUUUAUGUAGAACUGUACAUUUCCUACCUGAAGACUUGAGAUUAUAAUAGCCUUUCUCACUUGAUGUAUUUUAUCAUAUCAAAUCUUUAAGAGAUUUUUACAAGAAUGAACAGGUUUGUAUAUGUCUGCAUUACUGUUGUUCCUCCUAAGCUUAACAAGUCUCUAAUAAAAUCUGUACUUCUUUGUGUCUU